GCUAUCUUUCCGGUUUCGUACUCCCCGGUACUGUACUGGACUCACAAAGUCAUAACGACAGCGAAUUCCCCGGUAGAAACGUCGAAAUAAGAUUGAACUAGUAUAGUUUAUAGCGCAGUAUUUCUCGCGCAUAACUAUUUGAACUUGAGGUUAAAGGGCAACCUGUAUUUAGUGAUGUAUUAAAAUUUGUAGGCUAUUGCGGAGCUGCCCCCAAAAGGAUUGCCUUGUUUUCGCCUAGUUGAGCAGCGGGGUAAUGUCAAGCUGAGGAUUUGAAAACCCUGAACCCCCUGGGCCGUUUUGUAAUGUUCGGUAAAGGCUACCAUAAUGGCAAACAAGGCGCAGGUUCUGUAUGACUUCACGGCUGAGGCCGGGAACAAUGAGCUCACGGUGAGAGAAGGAGAGACUGUCACCAUCACCAACCAGAGUAUCGGAGGAGGCUGGAUAGAAGCUCAGAACUCCAGAGGAGAGGUGGGACUGGUGCCAGAAGACUAUAUCGAGCUUGGUAAGCUUUCUUCAGGAGGAGGAAACGUAGGAAAUGUUGGAAACGUAGCCGCUCCUGACUUGUCGUUCUUCGAUGCGUUUGCCCCUGCAGCAGCCAACCCGACACCACAGGUGGAUGUUGGGGGUUUGAGCCCCCAGCCGGACACCCCUGACACCCCGGGCCCCCCCUCCUCCCUCUCCUCCCCUGACCAGGCCAGCAAUGGAAAUGACCCCUGGUCCGUGUGGAACUCAGACACUACUGGGGGCUCCUCCAACAACUGGGCGGCCAAGCCCGAGGGCACAGAGACGGGCAAGAAUGUUGCAGCGAAUCCCUGGAGCUCCGCUGCACAGGGCCACCCCCAGGCCUACCAAGGCCCAGCCAUCUAUCCAUACCCAUACCUUAUUGACUGUGCAGGCGCUGACGACGAUGAGUGGGAUGACGAGUGGGAUGAUGUCAAGUCGUCGGGAGGCUACGCCGAGUCUGAGGGGGGGGAGGGCGGGGCCCUUCAGAGAGGCGGGGCUGGAAGCUCUUCCAUGAAAAUCUCCCUCAACAACAGGUUCCCCGGUUUCUCCAAGUCCGGCCCUGAGCUGUUCCUCCUCUGCAAGCAGCUGGUCAAGGGCAAAGACAAGCUUCCCAUCUAUAUGGGGGAGGUGGGUCCAGUGUGGGCGUACCCUGAGUCUCAGCUGGACUGUGUGGUGGCCGACCCCAAGAAGGGAACCAAGCUGUACGGACUGAAGAGCUACAUCGAGUACCAGGUCACACCCAAUACCACAAACAGACCCGUCAAUCACAGAUACAAGCACUUUGAUUGGCUGUACGAGAGGCUCCUGGACAAGUUUGGUUCGGCGAUCCCCAUUCCCUCACUACCGGACAAGCAGGUGACAGGUCGCUUUGAUGAGGAGUUCAUUAAGAUGCGCAUGGAGAGGUUGCAGGGCUGGAUGAUCAGGAUGUGUCGACACCCCGUGGUCUCCAACAGCGACGUCUUCCAGCUCUUCCUCAACUACAAGGACGAGAAGGACUGGAAAACGGGGAAGAGAAAAGCAGAGAAGGACGAGGUGGUGGGAGUGAUGAUCUUCUCCACGAUAGAACCCGAAGCCCCCGACCUGGACCCCAUCGAAGUGGAGCAGAAGUGCGAGCAAUUCAGCAGGUUCACCAGAGCCAUGGACGACGGUGUGAAGGAGAUCCUCACCGUGGGCCAGGAGCACUGGAAGAGAUGCACAGGACCUUUGCCAAAGGAGUACCAGCGCAUUGGCAAGGCCUUCCAAAAUCUCUCCUCGGUCUUUACGAGCAGUGGAUACCAAGGAGAGGCUACCCUGACCGACGCCAUGACGGCAGCAGGAAAGACCUACGAGGAGAUCGCUCAGAUGGUGGCAGAGCAGCCCAGGAAAGACCUGCACUUCCUCAUGGAGACGAACAACGAGUACAAGGGCCUCCUGGGAUGUUUCCCCGACACCAUAGGAGUACACAAGGCUGCCAUAGAGAAGGUGAAGGAGGGAGACAGGCUGGUGGCCACGAGCAAAAUCACCCCUCCGGAGAAAGUGACCAUGUCUAAACGUGUCAGCACCAUGUCCUAUGCACUACAAGCCGAGAUGAACCACUUCCAUAGCAACCGUAUCUACGACUACAACAGGGUGAUGCAGCAGUACUUGGAGGAGCAAGUGAAGUUCUACGAGACGAUUGCUGAGAAACUGAGGCAAGCUCACAGUCAGUUUACCACCAUGUAAGCCUCCCCUGGGACACACAUGCUGCAGCUCCAGCCAUCCAACACUUCUCUCUAUCUCUCUAUCUCUCCCUACCCCCCCCCCCCCCCCACACCCCCCACCCCACCCCCUUUCGCUUUUCCAGUAGAUGUACCAUGUCUCCCAUUAAUUAACUGCCAUUGCAAGCUCUUAUAAACAGUGUGUAACUGUUUAUGUUGUCUAAAGUAAACAGUGUCCAAACAGUUGAAGGGGAGACUAGUGUUAGUCAGCAGGGCCUGGGGCUCUGAGACGGUCCCACCGCAGACCUCAUUCUGGAGCGCGAGCCACUUCCUAUGUGAGUCAGUGUGCCAAAGCUCAACCAGGACGUCCGCCUGGGUGCUGCCUAUCGUACUGCCCUCAGACUGCUUCAUGACAUGGACCUCGUGCCCGUGUCUCCACAAGAAAUGAAUAGGUUAAAGAAUGGAAACGAAAAGCAUUCGGUCAUUUACAAGCCUUAAGAGAGAGAGGCUGUGUGUGUCCAAGCCCCUUUGCCUGUUAGUGUGUCUGAGCACUGCUGGCAGUGACCUCCCUCCGUUUCCUCUUUACUUCCUGAAUCGCUUACAGGAAGCUCCACCCACUUCCUGUCAAUGUGCCUUGUCCGUUUUCUGAGCAAAAUGGAACUGCACGCUUUGCUUGUUUUCCCCCCAUCCUGUACUCGAUGACGCAUCACUUUGCUAUUGAAGACAGAAAAGCCAAAGGCAGACUUCUGCUUGUGACUAGUAGGAAACAAUGAGGUAUUUGAGCUAGCACGCUUUCCAAUAUUGAAGCCAAAAUGUCAGCGAAACCAACGCCUACCACACAACCAGUGCCAAACACAAUGGCUCCAUCCCAAUACUUGAACGCAACCCUGUCCUUUCCUCUCCUUCCCUCCCGCGCCACACAGAGAGCACUGGUACUUUCAGCGGCGUUUUACAUGUCAGCACUUAGGAAGAAGAGGAAGACAGGAAGAGAGUGCCGUUCAGAUCGUUGGGUUUGGGUCCAUGUUUUCAACCAGGUUUUUCUGCCAGCUUUGCUUUGCUUCCUCCUGUCCUAUCACCGUGCAAUCUUCAAUCAUUCUCUAAUCUCUCCCUUUUCAUGUCACAUUGUAAACACAAAAUAUACAUUAUAUAUAUAUUCUUUUGGAUGCAUGUGCUUUUGGUUGUUGAGAUAAUAUUUUAUGUAUAGAAAUAUUUGCAAUAUAUUUGUCACCCUGAAAAAGGAAAGAAAUUCUUUUUGAUUGAAUAAACUCUGAUUUAUACUC